UGCUAUGUCUUGGUCGGCCUUCUUGGUGAACGUCAUCUGCUGCUCGUAACACGAUCCUCUCCUCCACAACCUUCGCAGCGAAACGAGCAGGUGCUGCACUCUCGGACUCGAAUUCGCGAAAGCCCGAGGCGCGCGCAAAAGGACCCUUCUUCUUCGCUCCCUCUGACUUAGGUUGCCUUGGUUCCUCGCAUCCACGCCCCGGAGAUACACAACCCGACUGCUACAGAGAUCGGCAGGGCUGAACUGUCUUGGGGUCACGGUGCGAGAGCGUGCGAGGCCUGGGCGGUUACAUCGUGUCGACAAACACCGACUGCCGCCAAGAGCCGUUUGUGCACCACUGGACGUCACUCCGGCCUGUGACAUUCUUGUACGCUCUGCUCCCGCUCCUGCGCUCAAUGCCCUGCAUGCCGGGCCUUUCCCUCUUACUCUGAUCAACCUAACCCGCUUUCGAUGGCCAUGUCGCAUGCUUCGCCCGAACACCACGACGACUAUGCCAGCGGCGCCGAGUCGCCCAUCGAAGAGAAUGGCGUCAAGACGGAGUCGGGACAAGCAUCGCCGUCUGGUCUCGGCGCGCAAGACGCGCCAGCCGUGAAAGCUCCCGGCCACAUGCAAAAGCGUCGCCGCGUCACACGAGCCUGCGAUGAAUGUCGAAGGAAAAAAAUUAAAUGCGACGGAAAGCAGCCGUGCACGCACUGUACGGUGUACAGCUACGAUUGCAGCUAUGAUCAACCCUCGAACCGCCGCAGAAAUCCUGCCCCGGCAUAUGUAGAGAACCUGGAGCAUCGAGUGCACCGCGCCGAGACGCUGCUGCAUAUACUGAUUCCGAAUCUUGAUCUCGAUGACCCUGGCAUUGAAUUGGCCGUACAGCAAGGAUGGAUUCCUGGCGCUCCAGGGAAGGGCAAUCCGACGGCCGCUGUGCACGAAGCUCGAGCGUCGAGACCAGCACCAGCACCAGCGUCGACACUGCCUUCGGAUACGGGCGAAAAGAAACCCGACACGAACCUGGAGUCCAUGGUGCGUGCAAUUGCCCAGCUGGACAUGGACGAGACAGGCCAUUGGGAUUACCAUGGCCAUUCAUCCGGAUUAAGUUUCGUUCGACGCAUGCGCGAGCAGUUGGGAGACCUCAUGGGACCGGAGACUUUCGCGACGCCUUUUGUCAAGAACCGGCCAAUGUCACAGGUGUUUGACUCACCCAGAUCGAUCGUAGAAUCACCCAUGGGCGAGAUCGCGUCCAUCUGUACCGAACUUCCGCCCAAGGAGAUGGCGCGGCAGCUCAGCGUGUAUGCUAUCAAUGAUGCCGCUGCGCUUCUCCGCAUGGUCCAUCAUCCUACAUACUGGGAGAGCUUCGAGCGCCUGUACGCCACUCCCAGCGAUAAUUACAGCAACGAAGACAAUCGUUUCCUCCCCCUCUUCUACAGUGCCAUUGCUUUGGGCAGCUUGUUCGGCAAAGACGAUGAGACUGUCGUCGAUCGUGAUGGGUACGAAAGUGCGAUUCAGCAGGGCUUCACUUACUUCAAGACUGCCAGGCAACUCAUGGACAUUGCCGAUUGCCGAGACCUCGCAUCAAUACAAGCGGUGAUAUUCAUGAUUCUCUUCUUGCAAUCAUCCGCCAAGAUGUCCCAGUGCUAUGCCUACGUCGGAGUGGCUUUGCGAUCGGCAUUACGGCUUGGCCUUCAUCGAGCUGCGGCUGGACGAUUCGAUCCUGUGGAGGCCGAGACCCGGAAACGAGUGUUUUGGAUUAUUCGAAAGAUGGACAUAUACGUUGGCGCGAUGCUUGGGCUUCCGCAAACCUUGAGUGAUGAAGACAUUGACCAGGAGUUCCCGGUGGAAGUUGACGAUGAAUACAUCACCAAAGACGGGAUACUUACGCAGCCAGAGGGCGUCGUUCCUAUCAUGACUGCGUUCAACGCUCACACGCGACUGGUACAGAUAUUGCAAAAGAUUGUGCGCAAAAUCUAUCCCAUCAAGUUUGCCGAGACUGAGAGCGUUGCGGACAAGUCCUACUCGGUCUUGUUUUCCACCAUACGGGAGAUUGAGAGCGAGCUGGAAGAGUGGAAGAAGAGUCUACCGCAAAUUCUGACGCCAUGUGAAGCGCCACCACGAUAUGCUCGGGUGCAGCAGCUUCUGCGGCUGUCAUACUCCCAUGCGCAAGUACUUCUCUAUCGACCCUUCCUGCACUAUACGGCAAUGGAACGCAGAUCGAAGCCCGUCGACCAGAGAGCAUAUGCGUGCGCGGCAUCUUUUGUGAAUGUUUCACGGAACAUUAUUCACAUUGCAUCGCAGAUGAAGCAGAAAGGGCUUCUGAAUGGUGCUUUCUGGUUCAUCAUGUACACCACCUUCUUCUCGAUCCUGGCUUUGGUAUACUUUGCAGCGGAGAAUCCGGACAAUCCUACCACUGCAGCAGUGAUGAAGGAUGCGAUAGAGGGAAGAGAUGUCCUCGCUUCACUAUCCUCGCGGAGCAUGGCUGCUGACCGUUGUACCGCGACACUCAACAUUGUGUUUGAGCGACUGCCCGCGUGGCUUCGAAACGGACAGCAGAAUCCGGCGAUGAGCAAGAAGAGGGCAUACGAACAAGGUCCAUAUCAGCAGGGGCCUGCAGCAUCGCGGAGUCACCCCGACGUCUCGAGUCCGACUGCUCUGGAUGUCAAAAGAGCGACAUUCCCCAACAUGUCUGGAAGCGGCGGCACACCUGGAGCUGCGUCGCCGUACGAGGCCUCAUGGUCACAGUCUGUUGGGUCGUCUUAUGGGCCGCAGACACCGACAUCCGCAUCGUUCGAUCCGAAUGCAUACUCGGCCAUGGGCAACAGAAGCAUAUCGCACCCUGUGGACAGCGGCAUGCAGCAAUACACAAUGCCGCAGAAUUUCGCAAAUCCACAACUUUCCGAAUUAUCAUCAAUGAUGUUCCCAACUGCAGAUGAGCCAUUCAUCUAUCCCAAUCAACCGUUGACGACAUUUGAGAACAAUCAGCAGUUUGCGAAGAACGCCGCGUACCUGAAUCGACAGGCGUUUGGCAACAUGGGCAAAUCCAGCCCUGUUGGCUCGGCACGGGAUCCGGCUGAGAACAUUGAAGCACAAUUCUAUACACUCCCGCCGUACCUCGAGCAGCAACGCCAACAGCAUCAACCGCCGGUCCACAACAUACCAUCAUUCGGUGGCAGAGGCUACUUGCCUCAGCAGCAGCAACAGCAGCAGCCAGCGAGGCAAGCGCUGCCUUUCACCAAUGGGGCGCCAACGGGCGCCACAGCGACACUUGCACAAGUGCCGAAUGGACAGUGGCAGCAGCCGCCACUAUCUAACAUCGACAUCCAAGGGCUUUUCGGGGGCGCAGAGUCGACAUGGAAUCCCAUGAACAUGAAUAUGAUGCCAGACUAUCAGAACCAGCAAUGACAUGAGAGGUGAGGGGAAAGUUCAUGAUAGCUACGAGGUGGUGUGGUACACGGCAGACAUGACCUUCAUGAACGCAUUGGUUUGGUGUUGGGAUGAAGUAAUCGGUUCUUUGAUACCCAGAGCAUUUCGUCUGCCGCACAGCGUUCGUCAGCAGUCGUUGCAUUUUAUAGAAAGCGUGAAAGCGUAGAGUUGUCGUAGCAGGGUGCACAAUAUGAUCUCAGACACAGACUGC